AUGAUCCCAAAGGCCUAUGGGAGGAAGGAGGCCUCGGAUCCCACGGACUGUGCUGCCCUCCAUCCUGAUGCCCUCACACUCAGCUCCUUUGGGCACCCCCUCCUGAUUGUUCACUUCGUGGUUCCGGAGGCAGAUCCUGACCUGAAUGUCAGUCUUUGUCUGCAGGAAGUUGAAGAUCAUGUGGCAUUUUUAAUAACUGUGCCAACUGCCCUGGCGAUUUUCUUUGCGAUAUUCAUCCUAGUCUGCAUUGAGUCUGCAUUUAAGAAGCUGCUCCGAGUGUUCUCCUUGGUGAUAUGGAUAUGUCUUGUUGCCAUGGGAUACUUGUUCAUGUGCUUUGGAGGCACCGUCUCUGCCUGGGACCAGGUGUCCUUCUUCCUGUUCAUCGUCUUUGUGGUGUACACCAUGCUGCCCUUCAGUAUGCGAGACGCCAUCAUCGCCAGCGUCCUCACCUCCUCAUCCCACACAAUUGUGCUGAGUGCCUGCCUGUCUGCAACCCCCGGGGUCAAGGAACACCUGGUCUGGCAGAUCCUGGCCAAUGUGAUCAUUUUCAUCUGUGGGAACCUGGCCGGAGCCUACCACAAGCACCUCAUGGAACUUGCUCUGCAGCAAACGUACCAGGACACGUGCAACUGCAUCAAGUCCCGGAUCAAGUUGGAAUUCGAGAAACGUCAACAGGAGAGGCUUCUGCUGUCCCUGCUGCCAGCCCACAUAGCCAUGGAAAUGAAGGCUGAGAUCAUCCAGAGGCUCCAGGGCCCCAAAGCUGGCCAGAUGGAAAACACAAACAACUUUCACAACCUGUACGUCAAACGGCACACCAACGUGAGUAUCUUAUAUGCUGACAUCGUGGGGUUCACUCGACUGGCGAGCGACUGCUCUCCGGGGGAACUGGUCCACAUGCUCAAUGAGCUCUUCGGGAAGUUUGAUCAGAUCGCAAAGGAAAAUGAAUGCAUGAGAAUUAAAAUUUUAGGAGACUGCUAUUACUGUGUUUCCGGACUCCCUAUCUCUCUUCCUAACCAUGCCAAGAACUGUGUGAAAAUGGGAUUGGAUAUGUGUGAAGCCAUAAAGAAAGUGAGGGAUGCCACCGGGGUGGACAUCAACAUGCGCGUGGGAGUGCACUCUGGGAACGUGCUGUGUGGCGUGAUCGGCCUGCAGAAGUGGCAGUAUGACGUGUGGUCACACGAUGUCACCUUGGCCAACCACAUGGAGGCGGGAGGAGUCCCUGGGCGUGUCCACAUCUCUUCUGUGACUUUGGAACAUCUGAACGGAGCAUAUAAAGUGGAGGAGGGAGAUGGUGACAUCAGAGACCCAUAUUUAAAACAGCACCUGGUGAAAACCUACUUUGUCAUCAACCCCAAGGGAGAGCGACGGAGUCCCCAGCACCUGUUCAGGCCUCGCCACACCCUGGACGGGGCCAAGAUGAGGGCGUCUGUCCGCAUGACCCGGUACUUGGAGUCAUGGGGAGCAGCAAAGCCUUUCGCACAUCUGCAUCACAGAGACAGCAUGACCACCGAGAACGGCAAGAUCAGCACCACGGAUGUACCAAUGGGUCAGCAUAAUUUUCAGAAUCGCACCUUAAGAACCAAGUCACAAAAGAAAAGAUUUGAAGAAGAAUUAAAUGAAAGGAUGAUUCAAGCAAUCGAUGGAAUCAAUGCACAAAAGCAGUGGCUCAAGUCUGAAGACAUUCAGAGAAUCUCACUGCUUUUCUACAACAAAAUUCUAGAAAAGGAAUACCGAGCCACGGCCCUGCCGGCCUUCAAGUAUUACGUGACUUGUGCCUGCCUCAUCUUCUUCUGCAUCUUCAUCGUGCAGGUUCUCGUGUUGCCGAAAACAUCCAUCCUCGGCAUUUCCUUCGGAGCUGCGUUCCUCUCCCUGGCCUUCAUCCUUUUCGUCUGCUUCGCUGGACAGCUUUUGCAAUGCAGCAAAAAGGCCUCCGCCUCGCUCAUGUGGCUUCUGAAGUCCUCGGGCAUCAUUGCAAACCGGCCCUGGCCACGGAUCUCCCUCACUGUGGUCACCACAGCCAUCAUACUGAUCAUGGCUGUGUUCAACAUGUUUUUCUUGAGUGACUCCGAGGAGACAGUCCUUCCAACUGCCAAUGCAUCAGACACAAACUUUUCUGCCUCACCUAGCCAGGCAGCGGUUCUGCGUGCACAAAAUUUAUUUUUCCUCCCGGUAAGAAGAUCACACUCAUCAUUGCUCUUGUUGUUUUCCUGUGUGCCAUCAAUUCCUAAACUUGAGGGCCAGAAUGAUUGCUCCAAGGACAGUCUCAGGCAGAUGGCGAACUGCAAAUUAAUUCCCAUGCAUGUCUGUCUGUCGGUUUUUUUUUUUAAUAGGCCAGGCAUUUGGAAAGACCUGAAGACCAUGGGCUCCGUAUCUCUCUCUAUAUUCUUCAUCACCCUGCUUGUCCUGGGCAGACAGAAUGAAUAUUACUGUAGGUUAGACUUCUUGUGGAAGAACAAAUUCAAAAAAGAGCGGGAGGAGAUAGAGACCAUGGAGAACCUGAACCGCGUGCUGCUGGAGAACGUGCUUCCGGCACAUGUGGCAGAACACUUCCUGGCCAGGAGCCUGAAAAAUGAGGAUUUGUACCACCAGUCUUACGACUGUGUCUGCGUCAUGUUUGCCUCCAUUCCGGAUUUCAAAGAAUUCUACACAGAAUCUGAUGUGAACAAGGAGGGCUUGGAAUGCCUCCGUCUCCUGAAUGAGAUCAUCGCUGACUUUGAUGACCUGCUGUCCAAACCAAAAUUCAGUGGCGUUGAAAAGAUCAAGACCAUCGGCAGCACGUACAUGGCAGCGACGGGUCUGAGUGCCGUGCCCAGCCAGGAACACGCCCAGGAGCCUGAGCGUCAGUACAUGCACAUAGGCACCAUGGUGGAGUUCGCCUUCGCCCUGGUGGCCAAGCUGGACGCCAUCAACAAGCACUCCUUCAACGACUUCAAACUGCGAGUGGGAAUUAACCAUGGACCUGUGAUAGCCGGAGUCAUUGGUGCCCAGAAGCCACAGUAUGACAUCUGGGGCAACACCGUGAAUGUGGCCAGCAGGAUGGACAGCACUGGAAUCCUGGACAAAAUACAGGUUACAGAGGAGACCAGCCUCGCCCUGCAGACGCUCGGAUAUACAUGCACCUGUCGAGGCAUCAUCAACGUGAAGGGGAAGGGAGACCUGAAGACGUACUUUGUAAACACCGAGAUGUCGCGGUCCCUUUCCCAGAGCAACAUGGCAUCCUGAGGAGUCGCCCUCUUUGUGGCAAGGACACUCCUUUGGGGAAGGUACCACGCACUUUCCGACUGCACCUUUUGUCCCUCGUCUCCGUGUGCGUGCUCUGUCCCGUCCUCCAGAGCCUUUGCAGACUAGUUCCUGUGACCCAGUGGCAACUGUUUGGUGUCUGACGUGUGCCCAGAUCCUUCUGCCACUCGCACUGUGCUUACUCCUGAGCAAAAGGAGAAUGGAGCGUGUCCUAAGCAGAGCAUUCGCAGAACUGACAGAGAGGAGAAGUGAAGCAAACACAAAUUCUUAAGGCAAUAAAACUGGGGGGUGUAUAUUAUCUUCUGGUGCAUGUUCUUUUCUGGAAAAUAUGGUAGCUCGCCAAAUGCAUCCGCUAGUCUGAUAUCCAAACACACAGUACUUGUGAAUAAGUUGAUUCGGUUGCUCCACGUGGAGUCCGUAUUGUCACCCUGUGUCUCGUUGCCAGUGGCCACCCGUGGCUCCCAGCUGGGACCCGGGAGCAUCACCUUGCUCCGUUGUGUCUCGUGCCAGCAGCAUGUUGCCAUCCGUCACCAGAGUUAGUCCUGACCACCUAGGACAGUUUUGUACCAAACUCAUCGAUGUUUUACUGCCAUUUGUCUUUUGUAAGGUUAAUUCAUUAAAACUUUUAUGUACUUUGCUUUCUAGUGCCUGUAUCUUUUAUUUUCCUUUCUUCUUCUUUCUGCUGAAGUUCGCUCCCGAAUGAAAGUGUGUUUUCCAUCGUUCUUCCUUUGGCACACUUGUUUCAGAAAGAGCCCUCCCUGCAGAAGCCAAUAGGGAGGUGACCUUGAGUCAUUCAGUUUGGGACAAAGUUGGUGACGCACAUAAUGGCUUGAUGUUUCUAAUGCUUUGGUUUGCAUUUUGGAAUCUCUAGAGAUUCUUUGGAAAUAUAUUUUAGCAGUGAAAAGAUUCUGCACAAACUCCAGAGUCCCUCUGCCCCCUGGGCUCCUGUCUACAAUCAUACUUCCUGCGAACUAGUGGACCAGGACUCCCUGAGAAUGAUUCGGAACCAGCUGUGUAGUCAGGCAUCGGAGCAGUGUGAGCUAACCCAGAGCAGCUGCCAUUCGUCUGAGAAGGUUAAGAAGACACAGAGCUAGUGUUUAUGCUUUUGUCAACAGAAGACCUGGAGGGAAUUUUUUCUUAUCGGUCCAAUUCUAAAGUUGUUUGGUGUUUUCCCUUUUCGCGGAAAUUCCGCUUUGCCAAAUGUUGAAAAAUAGAACAAUCACAUGUAAUCUAAUAUUUAAAAGCAAAACUGCAAAUAGCCUUGUGGGGCAAACUCUGCUUCUCUUUUAGCUCAGGGCAGGCAUGUGUGAGGGGCAGAGGAUUCUGAAGUCCUGCCGGGAGCAGCUCAGGACCCAGAGAGGAAGGACUGACUGGCCGUGUGACCUGGAAGGUGCCUCUUCGCUCCUCUUAGGCGUGUUUUCCCCGAUGGCUCACGGGGUUGGGCUGUGAGUGGUGAGCUAGUGAGUGAUCAUGUCAGCCUGUUCCCAGCGGGCACACAGGCACGCGGGUGCUGCACUUGGGCCCUGACUCAGAGCUGUGUCCUUUGUCACCCAAGUGAGAAUGGAGCCUGACUUGGUCAAUUUUCUCCCUCAACUAGGAGACUUUUUAUCCUGUAGUCACAACUCGGCAUUGGUCUAAACACACCUCACUCGCCAAAAAGAGUGAUUGAAGCAACAAAAAUACUAAGAGGGCCUUUCUUCUGCCUCUCACUCAGACCUGGGCUGGAAUGCCAAAGGACUCCAGUGAGCCCAAACUGUGUGGUUUGUAAUUCACAGUGCUGCUCACCAGAAGCGCCUGGCAGGUUCUUCUCUUCAUGCACCCUAGGUCGCCUUCGGUCACCUGCUUUGGGCGACUGACCGAGUUCUCUGAAGCGAACUUGGGUCUGCAGUGAGAAGGACCGGAAAGGAGUCGAACCCCACAGUUGUACAUCAGUCUGACCAGAUGACAGAGAGCCUUGAACGCUUUGUCAACACCUGGGCCUGUGUAGCAUGGUCCCUGCCAGCAGCCCCGAGGGCACCGAGCACCGGCAGAAUGCAGACCCCGGUGGGCGCCAACUCAGAUGUCCCGCCCAGCGCCUGUCUGCUUUGGCUACCAAGUUCCCCGGGGUGACCCAGAUGUCCUGUCCAGCUCGAGAUACCUGCAUUUGACAGUGAGGGGACAGGGAGAUCUAGACCGUGUUUGAAGGGUGACAGUGCUCAGUGUUCACAGCGAGGGCGGAGUGGAAAACGGACUGUUCCGCAACAUAGAAGGAGUCACCCCUGUCAGGGGCAACUACAGUCCCCCCUGUGAGCAGCAAGUGAGGAUCCAGGGCUGACCGUGCCCCUCUGCCACCUGUACCCUGCCACAGCCCACAGGAGAAUCCCUCCAGGGCUCCUUCACCUUUAGCCUUCUUUCCUGGAAACCCCUUAAGUCCAGUUCCCUUAAAACUCCCCGGUUUUGAUCUAUCAGUGCAGAGGCAGCUAAGUCUGUUGUCAGUCUCUGUUACUCUUCUCUCCAGCUCAGUGGGCUUUCUGAAGGGAGCAACCUUUCUGGUUUUCUGUGCUCUACAUACAUCUACUUAUCAGGAAAUAUAACUGAACAAUGGUAGAAAUUUGUUCAAUGAAAACAUCCUAUUAACAUUAAAGUAUCUUCUCUUUAGCCAGGAAUGGUGGUAUAAGCCUGUAGUUGCAGCUACAUGGGAGGCUGAGGCAGGAGGAUCAUU